AUGCGCGCCGCUGAAGCUGCUUCUGACACUCAGAAGAGCGAGGCUGCCCCGAGGCUUCAGCUAGCGACGUGCGGUGCGCCCCUAGACUGGAAGGGAGCAACAGAGUCCGAAACGGAGGCAGGCGCAGGGCGCCUAUCGACAAGUCUGUGUGCGCCGCUGACGUCCCCGCGCCAACACUCGUCGAGCCGCUGGUGUCUGAAACAUUUAUCUGCCGCGGAGCGCUGUCUAGGGUUCGAGUCAACCUCUACCGGUAAGUCGCUAUGCCUGAAUUGGGGACACGCUCCGCACGGGUACCGUUUCGUGAGCUGCACUUCCAGCGCAGGUAAUGCGGCGGCAUGCACUUGGCACGGAGCCGUCCGGGAGCAACCGGGCAGCCGUGCCGUUUUGACGGCUCCCGAACUGGAACAUUGGUCCGUGACAACGCUGGCGGAGGCGGCCGGUUCUGUUAGCUUUCUAGCACCUCAGGCGGAAACCAGCGAGCACACAGCCAGCACACCAGCGGCUGCACACCCUCUGGGACGUGCGGCUUGGUCUCCAGGACUUUUCCAUAAUACGGCACGUCUGAGUUUGCUGAGCGACCAGCAUUCAACACAGAACCCAGAGUUCGUUACCAUCCAGGCGGCAUGUGACGUGCCCGAGGGAUGUGGUGCUGGGCGCUGGGGCGAACCCCCUGCGUGCAGUCUUGAGCUCGCGACGAGCCCAGUUGAUGAACAGCCACCGCUGAAGCUCGAUGUUCAGCUUGACACGGAGACGCGAAACAUCGCCACAAGCUUCAUUGAGGACAGCUUUCUCGAAUCUGAGCAGGUGCCUCCUAUUGAGGGAUGCGUCAAAAAAGCAGACAGCGCGUCGCAUGCAUCGGCACUGGAGAAACGCCACCAGCCCUGGACUGCGUGCUCGCGUGCGUGUGCACGUUCGAUGCACGCGGAAGAAGCAACGUGUCCUGAGAUGCUUUUCCCGCGCUUAGCGGCGCAAGCUGACACGGGUGACAGGCGUGCGGAUUCGGACGCAGGGCUGGGGGCUCGGACGCUGCGCAUGAUGCGGCCGCCAGGCGCUUUCUGUGAAGAGCAGAAAGCCCAGGAUGGAGAUUCGACAGAGGAAUCGACAACAACAACAACAACAACAACAACAACGGUACCGUCGAAACCGGGAGCACGCUGGAAUCAUCGGCUGGGAUCACCUGAAGACGAUUCAAGAGUCAUUAGCAGCGGGCAGCUGAAUUGGUCCGACUCGAACGGCGUUUCCGGCUAUUGCUGUGCUGCGGAGCAGCAACUGAAACAGCCGAGGAGUCCGGCAUCAUCAGCACUAUUGGAGCCGUGCGAACUAGCCAGUUAUCUGGAUCGCAUGACUGAGCAAGCUGACAAGGAACAGCGGCGACUGACCGCGCUUUCAGAAACAGGUGCCCCGAUCGAAUCACCACGCGAAGCUGCACUGCAGCAGGAGCAGUGCGCAAGUGCAGCGUCUUCACCGGAAGAGGCUACGAAAGGUGCCGCCUCGCAAGGCGUCGUACACGGAGGUACGCACGAACAGCAGCGUACCGCGAAGCAGCUCUUGGUGCUCGAUGUACGGCCCCGGAUGUCGUUCGUGUUCGAGCAUAUCCGCCACGCGGAGCACCUCUGGGUCGAACCUGACCGCUACUCGAGCGACGAGAAACGGGAGCUGGCCUUUGUGAGACAUGUCUGUAAGCGCGUUCGGCAGGAAAGCGGUCCGCUGGACUUGGUGGUCCUCUACGACCACUGUACAGAGUCGAUGGACAAACCGCUGUCGAUCGCUGCAAAACUUGUCUGUCUGCUGAACGCAGAGUUUGCGCUCCGCAACCUGCAAGUGCGUCGCGUAUGUCUGCUUAGAGGAGGAUUCACUGCGAUGUCUCGCGCACACCAUCAACAUAUCAUCCGCGUCUGCGACGAUGAUAUCGGUAUGAACCUCUGUGCAGCGAUGCGCACUCGUGUUGGACCGCUGUUCGAGCGGCUGCUACAUCAGUUUUUACACGAGCGGGCGCAGCCUGCAAGUCGUAUACUGCCCUAUCUCUAUGUUGGUAGCGAGCGCGAUGCAUCGGAUUGGAGUUUCCUGCAGUUCGCUGGUAUCACACAUAUUCUCGUUGUGGGCAGCGAGCUGCGGCCGCACUUUCCUGGAGCGCUCACCUACAAACAGCUGCCUGCUCUCGACUCGAGUGAUGAAGCGCUCGACAGCUUGUAUCCAGCGAUAUUCGCCUUUAUCGAUGAGAGCCGUCGCGACCCGGACAGCACUAUACUGGUCCAUUGCUACGCUGGAAUCAGCCGCAGUGUCAGCGCAGUGCUUGCCUACCUAGUUUACAGCGGCUGGACACUAUCUGCAGCAUGGGAAUUGAUGCGUGAGCGACGCUCCAUCAGUCGACCGAAUCUUGGAUUCUGGCGCCAGCUCAUGGCUUUCGAGAAGCAACGCCACGGCGUGCAGACGCUGUUGGAGCCUCCUUGCGUCUCUACGUUAGGGUUUUGCUGA